UCAUACCCUAAACCCGGACUAUGUAAUCCCUAGUCGUAAGAAUUUAGUGCAAAUGCUAGAGGAAAAAUAUACAAUUUGUUCUGGACAAGUCAAAAAACAAUUACAUCACAUCGAAUACAUAGCUAUUACCUCCGACAUUUGGACUUCUGAUAGCAAUAAAAGUUUUAUCAGUGUAACCGCACAUUAUGCUACGCAGCUUAAUUCGACGCGAUUUCAAUUUUACUAGUUGUAGCAACACUUCCAAGCUACUAGCCUUGCACGUUAUUUAAAGCAGGGAAACAAAAAAUAACGACUGGUAUCACUGUCCAGCCACAUUAUCUAUGUUACCCCGCCUUGACUCAUUGACAUUUUCGUGCUCAGAGCCUUCGCACGUUGGUUUUUUAAAUUUUUUAAAAAAAGUAUAGAAUUUUAAUAAAAACGUGACAAAUGGGAAGAAGGAAGAGAAAAUCGAAUAAGGAUGACGAAGAAGAGAUACGCAGAAAGAUAAGGAAGUUAGAAAAAAAGUUACAUGAGCCGACAAGAAAACGUGUUAUGCGUCUACCGUCAAGUUCGAGUGAUGAAAACCAGGAAGCCACUCAAGAAGAGACGGAAGAUAGGAGAAUAGAAUAUGACACGCUUCAUGAUAUGGUACCGGAUACCUUACCUUUUACCACUGAUACGCCUGAAUAUGGUGAUUUAAUCCAAACGGUUAACACAGGGCCUCCCAUUCCUUUAACUGAAGAGUUGCCUGGUUCACCAAAGAAACAGGUCGAGAGUGAAAAAUCAGAAACGAAUGACUUGGAAUUGGAAGGCAGUAUACUAUCUUUGUUAGGCGAAGCUCCUGAGAUAAAUACAGACCUAGGACCUCCCGUCCAUAAGGAUAUUGCAGCCCGAUGGCGGGAGGUCCUUCAAAAAGGGUUAAAAGAAGUUAACAGGGAUGAGAUUAUAAAAAACUACCCUAUACCAAAUAACUUAGAUUUACUAAUACCACCAAUAUUAAAUCCAGAGGUAAGGGCUGCCUUACCAGAGGGGUUAGUAAAGAGAGAUCUAUCAAUUUGCUACCGACAAAAGGAGAUGGGUGUGUCAUUAUCAGCACUUAGCAAAUCAAUGUAUAUGCUAAUAUGUGAGGCAAAUAAUUGCCUAACUGAUAACAAAUCUGCAACAUUAAAACCUCUAAGCGACGCAUGUCGGUUGUUAUGUGACUUAUACCAGACGGAGACUAAAAGAAGGAGAUUAUAUAUAAUUAGUUCGAUUAACGUAAAGAUGAAAGAAAUAAUAACUGACACAGUACCCGGAAAAUAUCUUUUUGGUGAUAACAUAUGUGAAAAAUUAAAGGCAGCCCAAUCAAUUGACAAAUCUGGACAAAUGUUAAAGGCAAUACAAAACAGGCCUUUUUUGAACACCAAGAAUAUAGUUACACCUAAUGUUAGGACUUUAAACUCCAAGAUCCCAUAUCGGAGAGGGGCGGCGCGUACCAAUAUGGGGAGGCAACGCAGGAGCGAGCAGCACCAGCGCCAGCACCAGCGAGCAGCCGCCAGCGCUAUUAUCGGCGCAGCUCACCACCGCCGCCGCCGCCGCCUCCGGCGUCGAGGCAACGGCAGCGACAUCAGCGACGUUGAUGCCAGACUUGGAGAUCGCAUCACAGUCUUCACAAAUCACUCGAACUAAUUGCCGUGAAAUUAUCCGGAAAACAUUUUUAGAUCGACAUCUUUCCUCAAGGUCUGUGGAUAUUAUAUUAUCUUCGUUGUCUGAUAAUACCUAUAAGCAAUACAAUGUAUGUAUUAGAUCAUGGAUCAAGUAUUGUGAGAUUAAUCAUUUUUGUUAUUCAUCUGCGUCUGUUCCUGUAAUUAUACAUUAUCUUACGCAACUUUUUGAUCAGGGAGCAAGGUAUGGCACAAUUAACUCUCAUAGGUCAGCUAUUAGUUUAUUGAUGGGCCAUUCCAUAGAUGAUGAUAGAUUAAGAAGAUUUAUGAAAGGAAUAUACAAAUUAAGACCUCCUGCGCCAAGAUAUGAUAUUGUUUGGGAACCUAAUAUAGUUUUAGAUUAUUUAAGUCAAUUUUGGCCUAAUGAGAGUUUGAGUUUAAAUGAUAUUUCUAAGAAAACAGUUACUCUUUUGGCUUUGGUAACGGCUCAUCGUGUCCAGACAAUCUCCCUUAUCAAAAUUAAAAAUAUAAUUAUUAAUCAAGGAAAUUAUAUAAUUGUUAAAAUAUCUGAUUUUAUUAAAACUUCUAGACUAAAUGAGAAUCAACCUGUGCUAAAACUCCCUUUCUUCACUCCUCGGCCUGAAAUUUGUCCAGCUUUAAGUAUUAUUCAGUAUUUAAAUAAAACUAGUUCGUUACGCAAUUGUAACCAAGAAAAAUUAUUCUUAAGUUUAAAGAAACCUUAUAGAGAGGUUUCAUCUCAGACUUUAGGCCACUGGAUUAAGACUACCUUGCAUAAUAGCGGUGUGGAUACAUCUAUAUUUAGUGCUCAUAGUACUCGCCAUGCAUCCACAGCGUCUGCUAAAAAACUAGGAGUAAAUAUAGAUAUUAUAAGAAAGACAGCUGGUUGGAGUGAAGCGUCUGGAGUUUUUGCCAAAUAUUACAAUAAAGAAAUUGUUAAUGACCAAGAAUGUUUCGCACGAUCUAUCUUAAAUAACAAUUGUUAAAAACAAAGGAAUAAAUAAAUGAUUAUUUAAAAGUUUUUCGUAUUAUUUUUACUUAAUCUACUUUAAACAUCUACAACUAGUAAAAUUGAAAUCGCGUCGAAUUAAGCUGCGUAGCAUAAUUUAUGAUCAAACGAACUUACCAAGUGAAGUUCGAUCCAAAUUAUGCGAGCAGCUUAAUUCGACGCGAUUUAGGAGCUCCCACCCAAAAAUUUAUUAUAGAUAAUUAUUUAUUUGAAAUAGCCCUCCCAAUAUAUAAACGUA